AUGGUCUUCUCAGUAGCCAAGAUAGCUACCCUGGCAGCCUUGCUAUAUCCACUCGCCGCACCACUCAUCGUUCCGUCAACAGAGCUGCUUAGGCCAGCUGUGCCUUGGAAAGAAUACGGUCUACCGAAUCACGAGUACGUUCAGAAAAGGCAGGACGGAUACCCUACCAGUGGACAGAUCGAUCAUGGCCCGUCAUCAAGAGGCCAUUGGUAUGGUGAUUUCGACAUCAAUACCGACAUGGACGAGAGUUGGCCAAACACAGGCAAAGUUGUAAAGUAUCAUCUCGACAUCACCAACGAGGUUUUGUCUCCGGAUGGAUUCCCAAAGCAGGUCAUGGUUGUCAACGGUCAGGUACCCGGACCGAGCAUUGUUGCCGAUUGGGGCGAUAUCCUCGAGAUCUCAGUAACGAGUCACCUCACUACCAAUGGAACUGGACUUCACUGGCAUGGCAUGAGGCAGUUGGGAACAAACCAGAUGGACGGCGUGAACGGCCUCACUGAAUGUCCCAUCACGCCUGGAGAGACGAGGCUGUAUCGCUUCCAGGCCACGCAAUACGGUACCACUUAUGGCGACGGGCUCUGGGGAACGAUUGUCAUUCAUGGUCCAUCAACAGCGAACUACGACAUCGAUCUUGGCACAUACCCUAUUACGGACUGGUUCCACCCGUCCAUAUUUACCGUCAACGCUGCGGCACUGCAUGCAACUGGACCUCCGAUUGCUGAUAAUAUGCUAAUUAACGGGUCCAUGACCUCGUCGUCUGGAGGGAAGUACGCCGAAACUACCUUGACUCCUGGAAAGUCUCACUUACUCCGCCUGAUUAACGUCGGCAUCAACAACUGGGCGCACGUGGGACUUGAUGGCCACAGAUUCACCGUUGUGGCCGCUGACCUUGUUCCCCUUGUGCCAUAUGAGACUGAUUCACUCAGCAUCGCAGUCGGCCAACGAUACGAUGUCAUCAUCCACGCCAACGCCACCACCUCCAACUAUUGGAUGCGCGUAGGCACAGGCGGCGGUACAUGCGAUGGGCCCAACACAAACGCCGCCAACAUCCGCAGUAUCUUCCGAUAUGCAGGCGCCGCGUCAGGCGAGCCCAACUCGACUGCUGCAGCACCGUUGCCAACAGGCUGCUAUGACGAAUCCGUCACACCGUACGUCAAGACCACGGUGCCGCAGAAACUGCCCGAGGAGAUGAAGGUCGGGUUCACCAACACAGCGGGAAGUGGCAAUCUAGUGCAGUGGCUCGUCAACGACAGUCCCAUGCUGAUCGAUCCCGCGUAUCCAACGCUGCAGCACAUCAUCGAUGGCAACGACACGUUCGAUUCGCAGCGGAAUGUGUUCAAGGUCGGCGAGAAGGAUCAGUGGCAAUACUGGAUCAUUCAACAAGACGCCAUCGUCGACGGACCCGCCGUUGCUCAUCCCAUUCACCUCCACGGCCAUGACUUCUACAUCCUUGAUCAGGCUGCCAACACUGUCUGGUCUGGUGAUGUUUCCCGGCUCAAAACUGAUAAUCCUAUUCGUCGUGACACGGCUACUUUGCCGGCGGCAGGGUACCUUGUGCUUGCCUUUGAGUCAGACAAUUCUGGCGUCUGGCUAAUGCAUUGUCAUGUCCCAUUUCACGUGUCUGCUGGACUCGGCGUACAGUUUAUAGAACGCAUGGAUGAGAUCAAAGAUGGCAAUGGUGGGUUGGUGGGUGUGGAGGAAGGGUGUAGGAAUUGGAAGAGUUGGGAGAGAGAUUUCGUGGGGGCGAAGAAUGGGAGUAUACUCAUCGAGGGGGAUAGUGGGUUGUAA